UAUCAAGUGAAAGAAGUACGAGGGCGAACGGUUUGUCAUAUCACAAUCGUUAGUGGGUGAGCAAGAGAUAAAGCGGUCUCUCUCAUUCUCUCGAGAUUUCUUUCCCAAAAGCUUCCGUUAACUUCAGGGCUUCCAAAACAAAAAAAAAAACAAAAAAAAAAAAACAGGCGAAGCACCCGGAAAUGAGUGCGUAACGCGGGUCUGAUGAUCUUGACGCUGUUUCGGUGGAUUUUCAAGCGCAGAGAUUCAACACAAUAACGACCUACGAGUGCGCAUAGAAACCAAAGAGACUCUUUUAUUGUGCUUGCAAUGAGAAACAUGAGCAUUCGGAACGGCACAGCGGAAAAUGGAGACAUUAUAAGUGAGUACCUUUUGGAGAAAACGACCAAAGAGCCGAGUCAGCCGAGGCUCCCUGGUCCUCCUCCUCCUCCUGCGGACCAAGACAUCCAGCCAGUUGAUCCACCAUGUAGAAGCAGGAGAAGCGCUCCACAGUUGGUCCCCAGAGGAUUAGCUCCACACAAUCCGUUCAGCUUUGACCAGGCCCCAACCGUGAAAACUGCUGGUAUGGCAUCAAUGCAUCCCUUGCGAGGCCACAAAGGGUCUUCUCAGCGACGGGGACAGGCAUCUGUAGCACCCCAGUGUCUUCAUCCUCAGCAGUCUGGGACAGAACAUCUGGAGCGCUUCCUGGAAAAGCCUGAGAUGGUGGUGGUGGAGCAGCCAAAGGAGCGUGGCAUGCGAUUUCGCUAUGAGUGCGAAGGACGAUCAGCGGGUAGCAUCCUUGGAGCCUCCAGCACUGACGCCAGCAAAACUCUGCCUGCUAUUGAAAUUAAAGGCCCCAUUGACAAUAUCAAGAAAGUGAUGGUCACCGUGUCUCUUGUGACAAAGGACAUCCCGUACCGGCCACACCCACACUGCUUGGUUGGGAAAGACUGUUCAGAUGGCAUCUGUGUCAUCCACAUCAAUCCCCACAGCGCUCGUCGACACAGCUUCGCAAAUCUGGGCAUCCAGUGUGUGCGGAGGAAGGAACUUGAUGCCUCACUGCAGAAGAGGAGGAAUAAGAAUAUUGAUCCUUUUAACACGGGCCACUCUAAGAGCAUUGAAGACAUGGACAUGAACGUUGUGAGACUGUGUUUCCAGUGUGAGCUGGAACGAAAGGACGGAGACAGAAUCCCCCUCGCCCCUGUGGUUUCCAACCCAAUCUACGACAAGAAGGCGACCACAACAGCAGAGCUGAAAAUCAAUCGGCUUAAUGUGGUCAGAGGCCCCUGCACAGGAAAGACUGAAAUCUACAUGCUCUGUGACAAAGUGCAGAAAGAUGACAUAGAGAUAAUCUUCAGCACGGAGGACUGGGAGGGCAAGGCGGAGUUUGCUCAGACGGAUGUCCACAGACAAAUCGCCAUUGUCUUCAAGUCCCCACCAUUCAGGGAGCAGAAUAUAUCUGAGGAGGUGGAGGUCAGCGUGUGUCUACGCCGCAUAUCUGACCGCAUGGACAGCGAGCCAGUCAAGUUCACGUAUGUUCCAGACAACGCAGAUCCCUACGGAGUGAACCGCAAGAGAAAAAUAAAAUCGGAUGUCAAGUUCAGCGAGCCAUGCAGCAGUCAAGACCUCAUUGUGAACGAACCUGCCAUGUCACAGCAUUUUGACCCAUUCUACACUCAUCCCGAUUGUACCGUUCCCAAUGCUUCCAUGCCAAUCACUGUUCAGGACCGAGGCAUCCACAUGUUAUCCCAGGGCAUGGAGGAAAUCCACUAUAACGAAGACUUUAAACAAGAGGACGGUUGUAUUAGCAUGGACCCAGAGGCUUUGGAAAGCUUCUUCCGAGGCUUGGCUCAGCCAGGUUCAGAGCAUUUUUUAAAUGAAUUUCAGAUCCUUGAUUUAAACUUCGGUUUAGACGGCACAGAUACGAACUCAAACGUCAACCAACCUAUGAUGAACAUGGCGUCUAUAAAUGAUGUGCAAUUCAGUCAGAUGGUGAAUGAGAAUCAGGCCUAUCCAGCAGAUUUGGAGAACAUCGAAGGCCUCGUUUUCCCCCCUGUGAAGAGCGAGAAUGACCUGGACCAUUGAAAACCACUGUGGACUUUUGGAUUUUGGAUAUACAGUCGCUGCUGACUAGAAAAUCACUCCGGACCAGGAAAAGACUAAGUCAAACUUGUUAUUGACUAAAAAACCUGUUCAGCUGGCACUAUGACUUCCAGUUAGGUAAUAAGUGCAUACAAAUGAAGUAAAUCACCUGCUCGGCCACUGGUCUUGAAAAUGGACAGUAAAACUGAGGCUGAUGACAGCCAACGAAAGGCAGGAGAAGCAGGUAGCCAUUGCAUUUUCAUUGUAAAAAGGGAGCUACAUAUGCUGCUCAACUGCUUCUAUUGUGCCAGUUAUGAAAUGUGUCUGUCAUUUGCUAAUUUAUUGUGUGGGUUUUAAGAGCAGAACAGAUAAGUAUCGAGUAAAUGGUCCCAGACCCAAAUUCACUGAAAUAUUUAAGUGUUAUAUAACAUGAUAUUUGUUUUGAACAUUUCUGAACAGUUCAACUGUUGAGGAAUUUCAAUUAACAGCAUUAAGGAGACAAAAUUAGACAUGAUUCUGAAGUAGCAGUUGGAUUAAUUCAUGUAAUUCAUACCAAUCUGACACCAUGAUUUUUCAUUUAAUUUCUUUCAUGUAAUCAUCAACAAUUAAAAUCCCCCACCAAAUCCUCUGCCCAUUGCUGGCCGUUGGUAAUUCCUGAACAAAAACAUAGUUUGUUAUCGUGAUAUCUGGUUAACCAGUACAGCACUAUGCUAAGCUGUAAGGGUUCGUUCACACAAAACGUGUUUUUGCAUUCCUCUCCGUUACUUUUCUAUUGUUUUUCUCUGUAAACAAGCGCUAGAAGUCUGAACGUUGUGUUCAUGGCUUGCAUCUUGUGCAUGGCGCAAUGUUCUAACGUGCU